CAGGUUGUCCGGCAGGGUGCUUACAGAGUGAGCAAGAAAAAGCGGGCUGCUGGUGGCAGAGAGCAAAGGAAGGAAACGUGAGGAAUGGCUGAAAGCUGACUGUGUUUUUCUACAGGAAACAAAUCAGGAGAGGGAAACGAUAGCAAAAAUAAGUCACCAAGUGUUUCCCAUUUCGGUUGCAGAAUUGUAUUGAGGCUUCUUAUUUUGUCCACGCACGGAUCCGCCUGGUUUUCUGAUUUAAUGGGACAACGAAAACGGAAAAAGCAAAAGGUGCCAAUUUUCUCGUCUGUGUGGACGGGUGCUACUUAUUUUUAUGGGACCAACACUCCACACGGGAUGAAUAGGAAUAGGAGGACACUUAGUGCAAGGUAAACCGCAUUGUUUGAGUAAAGAAAAUGUCCCAGAUUUGACAGGGGUAGUUAAGGAUAUAUGUUUGGUGGGACUGAUGCAUUAACAUGUUAUAUCCUUGAAGUGGUCGACUACCUAUCAACAAGAAUACGUAUUCAAGCUUCUUGGACAAGCCAUCACAACAGAGCAGUCACAUGAAAAGUAGCCUACAUGUCCUUAUAAGAGAAAAACGUAAAGCCAUUUUUGCUCAGUCUGAACAGAAGAAGAACAUGCGCGUGUUUGUCAUCUGGAUAUUUUUGCGGUUGUUUUCACUACGGGAUGGUGCGGCUGGUCAAGGACAAUCCACUCCGGCUAUUUGUUCGUCCUCAUGCAGCUGCGACGAGGACGGAGGCGCGGAUUGCUCUGGGAAAGGUCUGACCACUGUCCCGACUGGUCUAAGCGCCUUCACCUACUAUCUUGACAUCAGCAUGAACAACAUCACAGAGCUCCCGGCGUUUGUCUUCAAGAACUUCCCCUAUCUAGAAGAACUACGACUGGCAGGAAAUGACCUCUCAUUCAUCCACCCUGACGCUCUGUCUGGACUACAUCAGCUCAAAGUCCUGAUGCUGCAGAAUAACCAGCUGAAGACUGUUCCAAGUACAGCUAUAAAAAACCUCUACUCUCUACAGUCUCUACGUCUGGAUGCCAACCACAUCACGACGGUGCCUGAGGAUAGCUUUGAGGGCCUGCAGCAGCUCCGCCACCUCUGGCUGGAUGACAACAGCCUGACUGAGGUCCCAGUGGGCCCCAUGAGACACCAGGCUAACCUGCAGGCUCUCACCCUGGCACUCAACCGCAUCACCCACAUCCCCAACAAUGCCUUUGCCAACCUCUCCAGUCUGGUGGUGCUGCAUCUGCAUAAUAACAGAAUUAAGGAGAUUGGGGAGAGCUGCUUCACGGGGCUAGAGAACCUAGAGACGCUGGAUCUUAACUUCAACAACCUGAUGACCUUCCCAGAAGCAAUCCAGGCACUACCCAAACUGAAGGAGCUUGGAUUUCACAGCAAUGACAUAGCAGCCAUACCUGAGGGAGCCUUCCACAAGAACCCUUUGCUCCGCACCAUCCACCUGUAUGACAACCCCCUGUCCUUUGUGGGAACUUCAGCCUUCCAGAACCUGUCUGACCUGCACUCCCUGAUGCUACGUGGAGCCAGUAUGAUGCAGGAGUUUCCCUGUCUCACUGGGACUAACAACCUGGAGAGUCUCACUUUGACAGGCACAAAGAUUUCUGCCAUACCGGUUGAGCUCUGUGAGGAUCUCAAGGUGCUGCGGACUCUAGACCUGUCCUACAAUGAGAUUGAGGAGCUGCCUUCCUUCCAGGGCUGUCUAAAGCUGCAGGAAAUAAGCCUGCAGCACAACCACAUCCAGCAAAUCGACAGGGACACAUUCCAGGGUCUGUCUGCCCUGCGCUUGCUGGACCUGAGUAGAAAUGAAAUGAAAACCAUCCACAGAGAUGCUUUCCUCUAUUUGACGGUGCUAACAAACCUAGACCUGAGUUUAAACUCGCUGACCAGCAUUCCAACAACUGGACUGAGUUCCCUGAACCAAUUGAAACUCACAGGAAACCUGCAGAUGAAAAAUGUAUUUACUGCAAAGAGCCUCCCCAAACUCAGGUCAGUAUCAGUUCCCUAUGCUUACCAGUGCUGUGCAUUUGUGGGAUGUGAUUCUUCAACAUCUUCCACUGAUGAGGAGGACAUCAAGAAGGUUACAGGUGGAGAAGAAAUGGAGAGGAUAUCGAUGGUAAUGCACUGCUCUCCCUCUCCAGGAGCCUUCAAGCCCUGUGAGCACCUCCUGGGCAGCUGGAUGAUCCGUCUGACUGUGUGGUUCAUCUGCCUGGUGGCCCUGAUCUUCAACACUCUGGUGCUGGCAGCCACCUUCUCCCGCCGGGCCUUGGCCCUCUCCCCUGCCAGGCUGCUGGUUGGCCUCCUGGCCCUCACCAACCUGCUAACUGGGGUCUAUGUGGGGGUGCUCACUGUCCUGGAUGCUGCCACCUGGGGCUCCUUCGCUGAGUUUGGGGUCUGGUGGGAGACGGGGGUGGGCUGCCGGGCGACAGGGGCCCUGGCGGUGUUCUCCUCCGAGUGGGCGGUUCUGCUGUUGCCCCUGGCGGCUGUGGAGCGCAGCGUGGCGGUGAGGGGGCUCCUGGGGAAGGCCAUCUCGCCCAGGAGGAGCAGCGAGAGGGGGUUCGGGAACAGACGCUUCGCCCUGGCUGCUGCUCUUCUGGGACUCCUGGCGGCUGCAGCAGCCUGCCUGCCCCUCUUCAGUACCAGCGACCCUUCAGCCUCCCCUCUCUGUUUACCCUUCUCUGGCGGUGAGGGCCCUGCGCUGGGGGUCACUGUGGCCCUGGUGCUGCUCAACGCUCUGGCCUACCUGUUCACAGCAGCAGUGUACACCCAGCUCUACUGUGGCUUGGGCAGGGUGGAGCUGGCAGACCAGGAGCAGGCAGGGGCCGUACGCCACGUGGCAUGGCUCAUAUUCACCAACUGCAUCUUCUUCUGCCCUGUUGCAGCCUUCUCCUUCGCCCCUCUACUGGCCAGGUCUGGCACCGCGGGGGGCCCUGAGAUCGCCAAGUCCGUCACGCUCAUCUUCUUCCCCCUACCGGCAUGCCUUAACCCCGUGCUCUACGUUUUCUUCAGCCAAGCCUUCCGGGAGGACUGGCUGCGGCUGCGGGGCCAUGGAGCUGUGGCCCGGGGGGUGAAGGCUGGGCAGUGUGCGGGGGGCUCUGGGGUCGUGGAUGGGGACGGGGACUCCUCCACACGGCUGGGCUAUGACUGUGGGGUGUACUCCCAGCUCUGUGGGGAGACAGUCAUGUGUGAGCGCUGCGAGGCGGCUCUACACGCCAGGACCUCUUCCUCCUCAUCAUCAGUCUGCAGACACUUGGUGAAGUCCCACAGCUGCCCUACCCUCUCGGCUGGUGCGGCAGCGGGCCAGCGUACGGAGGGCUACUGGGCAGACAGCGGCACCCUCUCUGCCCAGUCAGAGUACGCUGACGAGGGGGACUCGUUUGUGUCCGACAGUUCCGACCAGGUGCAGGCCUGUGGACGAGCCUGCUUCUGCCAGAGCCGAGGACUCCCUCUGGUCCACUACGCAUACAACAUACCUCGCAUCAAAGACUGAGAAACUCUUCAGAUGUGUGUGUGCAUCUGUGUUUGUUUGUGCGUGUGCGUGCGUGUGUGUGUGUGUGUUGGACACUAUAACAAAAAGAAAGGUUUGUGAUACACAACAAAACAUGUGCAGGGUCCGUGCACACAAAUCAUUCAGGAAGCACUUCUUUAAUCACUGUGUGAACCAGACUCAACCGUCACAAAAAGGGAAUCUGGCAUUAAAUUAGACUUCUCUGAGACCUGAGACUUUUGGCCAACACUUGUUUUGCCCUUCAGGAUUUAGAACUGAU